AUGACUUGGUUGGGACACCUUCUCAAGCUCCUCUACGCCGCCCAGAUCAUCUACGCCGGCGCCAUCAUGACAGCCAAACUCAGCAUCCUCGCGCUGUACUGGCGUCUAUUCCCGACCCCCUUCAUGAAGUGCAGCUGCGUCGUCCUCGCCGUGCUGACGGCCAUGUGGUGCGUCGCGGGCGUGCUGGUCGACAUCUUCCAGUGCACGCCGGUCGGCAAGGCCUUUGCGACGUCACUCACGAGCGACGGCGGCCGCUGCAUCUCCCAGACGGGAUACUGCCUCGGCAUGAUCAUCCCCAACAUCCUGAUCGACGUCAUGAUCCUCUGCCUGCCGACCUUCGAGGUCUCGAAGCUGCACCUGCCGCGCGGCCAGAGGUGCGCCCUGGCUAGCGUGUUCCUCCUCGGAGCGGGUGUCACCUCGGCCGGCGGCGUGAGGAUGUACUACCACCUCGAGCUGGUGGAAUCGGGGACGGGCGGGGACUUUGACUUUACCAUGGCCCUGUUUAACCCGCAGCUGUGGAUGACUCUCGAGCCCGACAUGGCCAUCAUCUGCGCCUGCCUGCCCGUCAUGCGGCCACUGGUGACGAUGCUCCUGGCCUCGCCGCUCUACCUUUCCAUCACCUCGUACCUCACUGCCGGCUCGAGCACAGGCAGUAGCGCCAACAAUGGCAAGCUCGCCGCCUCGAACACGAUCGGCGGGUCGUCGGCGGCCCCGAGCAGUGCGGCGCGGGGCGGCGCCGGGGACAACAACACCGAUUACCGGGCGAGCAACCACCACGAGCACCCUUCCGAGUACGCGCUGUCGUUGUUCGACUCGUUGGAGUAUCUGAGAGACGAGGACGUGGAGGCCGGGCGGCUCGUGCGACGGGACGCCGGAGUCUGGCCCUCGCAACGGGACAGUAGCAUCGGGUGCCAGACCCAGGUCAGCAGAAGCGAGAGUAUAGGACCCGAUGACAUCCCCCUGGGCGCGAUCUCGGUCAAGACUGUUGUGGAUUGUCGUGAGACGACAAGUAGUCCUCCCAUGAGGGGCUAA